AAGGGACCGGUGUUCGGGCAAGAACAUUUCGGACGUUUUGUGAAGGCUAUAGGCCCAGGCUACUUCCUCUGCCAGUUCCCUGGUCUAGACUGUCAACAUGUCUGUUAUUGUCGGAGCAGAAAUGGAUCCACAGAUCUGAUUGGUCCACAUAGCUGCUAAAAUAUGGAUUUCCCUCAAGACGGUGUGGAUGCUGUUGGUGGAAAUCAGACAGGCAGAGCAGCAUGUGCUGUGUCCAGCCACGUGUCCCUGAAGAAUGAGGAGCCCGUCACUGAUGGGCAUCAGGGGGUCAGCACAGGAAGAGUGCUUUCUCAUCCAAGACCACAGACACACAGACCAGUGUCUCCAGUGCCCAGCUGUGUGUCCAUGAAGAGUGACCGGUCCAUGGGGCACCCUUACAAUUUCAGCAGUGGACCGCCACAGUCUGAUCAAAAACCACAGACACCCAGACCAGUGUCUCCAGUGCCCAGCUGUGUGUCCAUGAAGAGUGACCGGUCCAUGGGGCACCCUUACAAUUUCAGCAGUGGAACACCACAGUCCGAUCAAAAACCACAGACACACAGACCAGUGUCUCCAGUGCCCAGCUGUGUGUCCAUGAAGAGUGACCGGUCCAUGGGACACCCUUACAAUUUCAGUAGUGGACCAUCACGGUCUGAUCAAAAACCCCAGACACACAGACCAGUGUCUCCAGUGCCCAGCUAUGUGUCCAUGAAGAGUGACCGGUCUAUGGGACACCCUUACAAUUUCAGCAGUGGACCAUCACGGUCUGAUCAAAAGGAUAUACUGGCCCAGGAUCAGUCCAGGUGUGGAGUGUGUGAGCAGCUACUGAGGGACCCAGUCAUCACCAGCUGUGGACACAGUUUCUGCAGGCAGUGCAUCAGCAGCUUCUGGAGCCAGUCAGGUCCAUCAGGAGACUACAGCUGCCCCCAGUGCAGAAAGAGACCCAGAACACAACCCGCUAUAAACCCUGACAUAACUCAACCACUGUACCCGUCUACAGACAUGGCACAAUCUUACCUAAACCCACCAACAGACAUGACACUGCCCUCGUCAUAUCAACACAGUGAAAUGGCACAACCACCUGUAUAUCCACCUACGUCCAUGGCACAGCCUCUCCUAAACCCACCAACAGCCAUGGCACAGCGUCACUUAUACCCACCUAUAGCCAUGGCACAGCCUCACCUAUACCCAUCUGCAGCCAUGGCACAACCUCACCUAUACCAACCUACAGCCAUGGAACCGCCUUCAUCAUACGAACACAGUGAAAUGGCACUUCAUCUGAACCCAUCUGCACACAUGGCACAAGUUCCUCCAUCCCCACACACAGACACGGGGCAGUGUUCUCAGUACUCAAACUCAGCCAUGUUGCCGCCUAAUCAUUAUAAACACAUCCAGCACCCUCUUUAUCCACACAUCCGCACGGCACAGAUCUCUCCACAGCCUCCCUUAGAUGAGCACACAGUCAUGGGAGGCAGCACCCAUCUGCAAACUGAGCAUGCUCCAGUCAAAAGGGCCAAACGAACAGAUGACGAUGUCCUCACCAGAGUACUGAUGACCCAUAAAGCCAUCAUGAAGAGGAGGUUUGAGAGCAUAUGUGAAGGCAUCAUAAGGUCAGAGACUCAAACACUCUUGAACAAGAUCUACACAGAGCUCUACAUCACAGAGGGAGAGAGUGAAGGGGUGAAUAACGAGCAUGAGGUUUGGCAGGUAGAGUCAGCAUCCAGGCCACAAACGACAGAGGACACAGCAAUCAACUGCAAUGAUAUCUUCAAGCCCUUACCUGGACAGGAGAGACAAAUCAGAACAGUCAUGACCAAGGGCAUUGCUGGCAUUGGAAAAACCGUCUCAGUACAGAAGUUUAUCCUUGACUGGGCAGAGGAGAAAGCUAACCAGGAUGUAGAUUUCAUGUUUGUUCUUCCGUUCCGUGAGCUGAAUUUGGUCAAACAUGAUCAGUACAGUCUUCACAAGCUCCUGCUUGACUUCCACCCUGAGCUUAGAGAGCUACAAGAUGGUGAAUACAAAGACUGCCACAUUGUGUUCAUCUUUGAUGGUCUGGAUGAGAGUCGACUUCCACUGAAUUUCCAAAAGAAUCAGAAAAAGUCUGAUAUGACACAAACAUCAUCAGUGGAUGUGCUGAUGACGAGCCUCAUUCAGCGAACUCUGCUUCCCUCUGCUCUCAUCUGGAUAACUUCCCGACCAGCAGCAUCCAGUCAGAUCCCUUCUCAGUGCAUUAGUCAGGUGACGGAAGUACGAGGGUUCAAUGACCCUCAGAAGGAAGAGUACUUCAGGAAGAGGAUCAGUGACCAGAAUCAAGCCAACAGAAUCAUCUCACAUAUUACGGCAACCAGGAGCCUCCACAUCAUGUGCCACAUGCCAGUCUUCUGUUGGAUCUCAGCCACUGUCCUUCAGCAGAUACUGGAACAGGAUGAUGGGAAAGAAGCCCCCAAAACACUGACCGAAAUGUUCAUACACUUUCUGCUCAUCCAGACCACCAGGAAGAACCAGAAGUAUCAAGAGGAAAGUGAGACAAAUAGACAGAGGCUCCUGGAGUCACACAAGGAUGUCAUAUUGAAACUGGCAGAGCUGGCUUUCAAGCAUCUGGAGAAUGGCAAUCUCAUGUUCUAUGAAGAAGACCUGAGAGAAUGUGGCAUUGAUGCCAGUGAAGCUUCAGUGUACUCUGGCAUGUGCACUGAGAUCUUCAGGGAGGAAUGUGUGUUUCAACACAAGAAGGUCUACUGCUUUGUCCAUCUCAGCAUCCAAGAGUUUCUUGCUGCACUUCAUUUGUUUGCCUCCUUCUUGAAUAAGAACAUGGAGGUCCUGAAACCAUUUAUUAGCAGGAAGUCUUUGCCAGAUGUGCCUCUUGAUGACCUGCUGAAGAAUGCAGUGAACAAAGCUUUGGAAAGCAAGAAUGGACACCUUGAUUUGUUUGUUCGCUUCCUUCAUGGCAUUUCUCUGGAGUCAAAUCAGAGACUUUUGCUUGGCCUCCUGACACACACACACAGCAGCCCAGAGAGUGUGAAGAAAACAAUCAAGAACCUGAAGAUAAUGCAGAGACCAAAUAUCUCCCCCGAGAGGUGCAUCAAUCUGUUCCACUGCCUGGUGGAAAUGCAUGACUCUUCUGUUCAUGAUGAAAUCCAGGCUUUCCUGAAGGCAGAGAAAGGUGCCGUGAAACAGCUCACACUGGCUCACUGCUCAGCCUUGGCUCAUGUGCUUCUGAUGUCUGAUGAGGUGCUGGAUGAGUUUGACCUGAACAAAUACAAAACCUCUCCAGAAGGUCGCAGGAGACUGGUUCCAGCCGUGAGAUGCUGCAGAAAGGCUCUACUUGCUGGCUGUAAAUUAACAGAGAAGUCCUGUGAGAUUGUGGCUUCAGCACUGCAGUCUGCAAACUCCCCUUUAAGAGAGCUGGACCUGAGUCAGAAUGACCUGCAGAAGUCAGGAGAAAAGCUGGUCUCUGCUCUUCUGAGUCCAAACUGCAAACUGGAGACACUGAGACUUGUUGACUGUAAACUGAAAGGCGGAUUUUUGGCUUUGGCUCACAAGGGGGCAAACCCCCACCUAAGAGAGCUGGACAUCAACAACGCUGAACUUCAGGGCAGUGGAGGAGAACUGCUCCAUCAACCACUGAAUCAAGACUGCACAGUGAGACUUAACAGGUGCAAUCUCAAACACAGCUCCUUUGAGGCUGUGGCCUCAAUUCUGUCAUUUAAUUCUCAACUGAGUGAGUUGGAUAUAAGUGACUGUGAUCUGCAAACGUCAGAAGAGAAGCAGCUCUCUGGUCUUAGAAGCCCAAACUGCCGACUGGAGAAACUGAGACUGGUUCACUGUAAGAUAAAAGGAAGAUUUUUGGCCUUGAUUCUUCAGUGGGCAAACUCCCACCUAAGAGAGCUGGACAUCAGUGACAGUGAGAUUCAGGACUGUGGAGAAGAACUGCUUCAUCAACCACUGAAUCAAGACUGUAAACUGAGACUCAUCAGCUGUAGACUCAAACACUCCUCUGAGGUUGUGGUCUCAGUUCUGCAGUCUUAUAUUUCUCAACUGAGUGAGUUGGACAUGAGUGGCUGUGAUCUGCAAACAUCAGAAGAGAAGCUGCUCUCUGGUCUUAUAGAUCCAAACUGCCACUUGGAGAAAUUGAAACUGGUUAGCUGUAAAUUGAAAGGGGGAUUUUUGGCCUUGACUCUUCAGUGGGCAAACUCCCACCUAAGAGAGCUGGACAUCAGUGACAGUGAGAUUCAGGACUGUGAAGGUGAACUGCUGCAUCAACCACUGAAUCAAGACUGUAAAGUGAGACUCAUCAGCUGUAGACUCAAACACAGCUCCUCUGAGGUUGUGGUCUCAGUUCUGCAGUCAUAUAUCUCUCAGCUGAGUGAGUUGGACAUGAGUGGCUGUGAUCUGCAAACAUCAGAAGAGAAGCUGCUCUCUGGUCUUAGAAACUCAAACUGCCAGCUGGAGAAACUGAGACUUCUUGGCUGUAAACUGAGAGGAAGGUUUUUGGCCUUGAUUCUUCAGUGGGCAAACUCCCACCUAAGAGAGCUGGACAUCAGUGACAGUGAGCUUCAGGACUGUGGAGGAGAACUGCUCCAUCAACCACUGAAUCACGUCUGUAAAGUCAGACUCAUCAGCCGUGGACUCAAAGACAGCUCCCGUGAGGUUGUGGUCUCAGUUCUACAGUCGUAUAUUUCUCAACUGAGUGAGUUGGACAUGAGUGGCUGUGAUCUGCAAACAUCAGAAGAGAAGCUGCUCUCUGGUCUUAGAAACUCAAACUGCCACCUGGAGAAACUGAGACUUAUUGGUUGUGAGCUAACAGAGGAAUCCUGUAAGGCUGUAGCCUCUGCUUUGCAGUCCUCCAUCUCCCUAAAGGAACUGGACCUGAGUCACAAUGACCUGAAGGAUUCUGGAGUUCAGCUUCUCUUUACAGGACUCAGUAGCCCUCACUGUAAACUGACAACAUUAAGGCUCAAUCUGUGUCACCUAUCUAAAGCAAGCUGUGAAAUGAUGGCAUCCGUGCUGCAAAGUGCACCUUCCCAUCUGAGAGAGCUAGACAUGAGUGACAAUGACCUGCAGGAUGAAGGAGUGGAGCUGCUCUGUGUGGGACUACGAGAUCCACAAUGCAAGCUGGAGACACUGAGACUGUCUGGUUGUCUCAUCACACAUGAGGGCUGUUCUCUGUUGUCCUCUGCCCUGAAAUCAAACCCCUCCUACCUGAAACAGCUGGAUCUGAGCUACAAUCACCCAGGAGACUCAGGUGUCAGAGAGCUCACAGAGAGACUGAAUGAUCCCAGCUGUAAACUAGAGACGUUGAGGUAUGACCAUGGAGGAGAGUGUAGGAUUAAACCAGGACCCAGAAAAUAUGCCUGUGAGCUCACACUGGACCCAAACACAGCACACAGAAAACUCUCUCUCUCUGAGGGGAACAGAAAGGUGACACGUGUGAAUCAGCAGCAGUCGUAUCCUGACCACCCAGACAGAUUUGAAGGCUGGUAUCAGGUGCUGUGUAGAGAGGGUCUGUCUGGACACCACCCAGAGAGAUGUGACAGUCUGGGUCAGAGUCUAGUCAGCACGGGUCAGUCUGGACGCUACUACUGGGAGGCUGAGUGGAGUGGUGGUGGUGGUGUAUGGGUAGCAGUGGCCUAUAAAAGCAUGGAGCGGAAGAGAGACUGUAUGUUUGGAGGUAAUGCCAAGUCCUGGAGACUGGAGUGCUAUAGUAUCAAUUACUCUGCCCGACACAAUGAUAAGGAGACUGCCAUACCUGCUCCCCCCUCCAGCAGAGUAGGAGUGUACCUGGACUGGCCAGCAGGCACUCUGAUCUUCUACAGCGUCUCCUCUAACACACUCACCCACCUGCACACGUUCCACUCCACAUUCACUGAGCCCCUCUAUCCUGGGUUUUAUGCUAAUGUUGGCUCCUCAGUGUCUCUGUGUCAGAUCACAUGACCUCCUAAUCCUGCAGAAGAGGAGAGACACACACUUUUGUUUACACACUGCUGUGUGUUGUGUUUAUGUGUGUGUGUGUGUGUGUGUGUGUGUGUGUGUGUGUGUGUGUGUGUGUUGACUAGUCCUGUCCGACUUCAUCCCCCCCUCUGUUGUCCCUGAUCCCUGUAUUUGUGAGUGUGUGAGUUUCUCUCUCUCUCUGUGUGUGUGUUCUAUUUCUGGCUUCCUCUGUGCUGCAUCAUUCUUCUCUGUUGUUGCUGGUCUCUGUUAUUGCUGCUUGCUCCAUUUCUGUGUGUGUGUGUGUGUGUGUGUGUGUGUGUGUGUGUGUGUGUGUGUGUGUGCGUGCGUGCGUGCGUGCGUGCGUGCGUGCGUGCGUGCGUGCGUGCGUGCGUGCGUGCGUGCGUGCGUGCGUGCGUGCGUGCGUGCGUGCGUGUUCUAUUUCUGGCUUCUUCUGUGCUGCAUCAUUCUUCUCUCUGUUGUUGCUGGUCUCUGUUAUUGCUGCUUACUCCAUUUUUCUCUUUAUCUCUCUGUGUGUGUGCUCCUUCCCCUCCGUUUGUGUCAUCAAUUUCUAUUCAAGUGACCAAUCACUUGCGCGUCAGAUAUCAGAUGCUGUGUUGAAUUUCUUACAAUUUGAACGUGAACCUCGUAUAUUGUAUGUGUUCUAAAGAUUAAAAAUCAGGUCAAGUGACUUUUAUUUACAUGGCAUUUAAAUACAACAGGAGUUGACCCAAAGCGCUUUACAUUGCAAGAUAUCAGGUUUGGGCAGGACAAUAAAAAGGGGCCCAGGGAUACACAGAUCUUGACUAAAACACAGCUGUUUUGAAGAUGACCGGGUUAACCUGGGAGUGGACUGUGGGCAAGACAUAUCACUGAGCAUUUAAGAGCUUUAAAAACAAAAAGUAAAAUCUUAAAAUCAAUUCUGAAUUAGGAAGACAGUGCAGCUGAGCCAGGACUGUGCCCUCUCUAGUACCAGUGAGUAAUCUGGCUGAUGGGUUAAAUACAAGAAGGCUAAAAGAUGAACAUACAGUGAGAGUGGACAGGUUUUCUCAGGACUGGGAUUGUUAGUCCACUGUAAUUGUGCAUAUAUAGUCUGGUAUGAGUGAGAGGAAGGGAAGAGGAGUCCUUUUAUUUGAAGAUUAAAUGAAAUAUGUAAUUGGUGUACUGUUUAAAAUGUCUUUGUUACAUCAAACCAAAGGGAAACAGAAUGUAAUCAUAGGCAAAUGAAACACAAAUAA